UAGAAAAAAUAUUAAACAAAACAAAAUCUUAAGUAUAUCAACUUCCGUGAUCUUUUUUCUAAUAUACGAUUAAUUUUUCUUUUAUUUGGUUUGAAAUAUGCUAAGGUUGCUGUUGUUAGUUAACAGCACAGAAAUGAAAUUUUUUUACACUUCUAUUGUUUCUCUCUCCUGCCCAAGGUGCCUUUUUCUCUGUUUCAAACUGCCCAACCUGUCCUUUGUUGAACACUUUCCCUCUUUCCGAAUCAGCCCCUACUUUGUCUUUCUAUCUCUCAAAAACCCUCUUUUGACUAAAUGUCAUAAACUGGGUCUUAGUGAUUAUCAGCAAAAAAUCAUUUUUGAUGAGUUUGAUUGCUUUAAAUCACUUUUUUAAAGUGUUUUAAAAUGGGUUUUUUCUGUUUUAUGAAUAAGAGUUUUGAUGUUUGUUGGGAAAAAAGAAAGUUCAUUUUUUGAGGAAUUUUGAGGUUUAAGGUCAGUCUUAGAAACAUGGGUUUUGCUCAUCAGGCUGAAAAAGUUGAGAAAAAAUCAUCAAGGAAGAAGAAAGAUGGAGGAGAAGAAGAAACAGGAUGUUGGGUUAAAUUACGGUUUAUGGGAAGUUGCAUGUCUUCAAGAUCAAGAGUUGAUAACUCUAUGAGUGGAAGAACAGGUACUCAUUAUGCAGAAAGAAAACCUACAAAAGAGAAAAGCAGAGAUCAGCCAGUUGUUCCAGUGUCUUCUACAACUGGUAGUAAUGCCGAAAGUGCUUCAUCCACACCUAAAUUCAGUGAGGAACUGAAAGUCGCUUUGCAGCUUCGGAAGUUCACAUUUAUUGACCUUAAAUUAGCGACCAGAAAUUUUAGACCUGAGAGUCUUCUUGGUGAGGGUGGGUUUGGUUGUGUCUUUAAAGGUUGGAUUGAGGAGAAUGGAACUGCUCCUGUGAAACCUGGUACUGGGCUUACUGUUGCUGUCAAAACACUAAACAUUGAUGGACUUCAGGGUCACAAAGAGUGGCUGGCUGAAGUGGAUUUUCUUGGUAAACUCCUCCAUCCUAAUUUGGUUAAAUUGGUUGGUUACUGCAUUGAAGAUGAUCACAGAUUACUGGUUUAUGAGUUUAUGCCACGAGGAAGUUUGGAGAACCACCUCUUCAGAAGAGGGUCCUUGCCACUUCCUUGGUCUAUUAGAAUGAAAAUUGCACUUGGUGCUGCAAAGGGUCUUGCCUUUCUUCAUGAAGAAGCAGAAAGACCAGUGAUAUAUCGUGAUUUUAAAACAUCGAAUGUCUUGCUGGAUGCGGAUUACAAUGCCAAGCUCUCCGAUUUUGGGCUGGCCAAAGAAGGUCCUGAAGGAGAUAAAACUCAUGUAUCUACUCGAGUUAUGGGAACAUAUGGCUAUGCUGCACCAGAAUAUGUAAUGACUGGACAUUUGUCAUCAAAGAGUGAUGUAUAUAGCUUUGGAGUAGUUUUACUAGAGAUGUUGACUGGCCGAAGAUCCAUGGACAAAAACAGACCAAAUGGGGAGCACAAUCUUGUAGAAUGGGCAAGACCACAUUUAGGAGACAAGAGAAGUUUCUUCCGAAUUUUAGAUCCUCGCCUUGAAGGACACUUUUCUGUCAAAGGUGCACAAAAAGCUGCCCAGCUGGCUGCCCAAUGUCUUAGCCGUGAUCCCAAAGCCAGACCUCGGAUGAUUGAAGUUGUUGAAACCCUAAAGCCUUUACCAAACCUUAAAGACAUGGCCAGCUCUUCCUAUUACUUCCAAACUAUGCAAUCUGAUCGUGCUCGGUCCAACUUGAAUGCCAAAAAUGGCAUCAGAACACAGGCAGGAUUCGUUGUGAGGAAUGGACAACCUCUGAGGAGCUUAUCCAGUUCAAACGGUCCUCAGGCUUCUCCAUCUCAACAUCCUCAUCCAUCACCAAAGCCCAAAGCGAAAGAAUCAUAGGUUCAAGUUUCUAUAUGUUCAUAUUUAGAAUUUGGUUCGUGUCUGGUGUCCGCUAUUUCAGACUGCACUAUCAACAGAGAAUAGGGGGUGCCUCUGCCAUUUCUUUGACAAGGAUUGUUUUAUAUUCCACUUUCACUGUUUCAUUCUAUGAGUAGAAUUGAACAAGCCAUCCUGGAUGUGGGAGCAUCAUACAGUUCAUUGAGCUCAAGGAAGCCUGUCUCUUUUAUUUCUCUCUUUUUCAUUGCUAGUCUAUAACUUUCUUCCGGAUAUUCAGGUUACAUCGGAGAACAGAGACUGGAACAUUACUCUGGUAAUGGAUUGUAUUCAUGCCGGCAUGCUGAUGAAGUCGAGGAUCCGAGACUAGGUGG